AUAAGAUAACCUCUCUCAAUAAAUGAAGUAAAUAAAUAAAUGAUAUAAUAGUGUUUGCUUUAUAAGGUUUUAAUUAUGUAUUGUGACUUAUAUCAUGUCUCUUAAAAGGAUAAUAUCACCAAAACCAAUUAUCAGACAUCUUUUUGGAAUUAGAUCCAUAUCUUCUAGUACUCAACAUUUUCGAAUAGCGAACGAAUCUAAUGCUGUAUAUAUUUUUGAUCGGUAUACAAAGUCACUUCAAAGAGAAAGGGCAUCAUCAGCACAAGAUGUGAAUUUAUAUGAUUAUUUAAAAGAUGAAGUGGGCUACCGUAUUGCAGACCGAGUAUUUGAUAUCAAGAGAAAAUUUACGUUAGCAGCUGAUAUAGGCUGCGGUAGAGGAUAUGUAUCUAAACAUCUAUCCAAAGAGUCAGUAGAUCAAUUAAUUCUAUGUGAUGUCAGUGAAUUGAACCUGGAGUCUGCUGCAGCAUCAGUUGAAAAAGAAAUAAUGGUCCAGAAAAAAAUUCUGGAUGAAGAAAAUAUUGAGUUCGAACCAAAUUCAUUAGACCUUGUGGUAUCUAGUUUAGCCCUUCAUUGGGUGAAUGACCUUCCUAGAGCUUUUAAGCAAAUACUUAAUGCUCUCAAAGAGGACGGGGUGUUUUUAGCUUCAGUAUUUGGAGGUGAUACCCUUUACGAGCUUCGAUCAUCUCUACAGUUAGCCGAGCAAGAAAGACAAGGAGGAAUAUCACCACAUAUUUCCCCUUUUACAGAAGUGAGGGAUAUAGGGUCUCUUCUAACGAAUGCUGGUUUUUCUAUGUUGACAAUUGAUACAGAUGAAAUUAUAGUUAAUUAUCCUUCAAUGUUUGAACUGAUGUGGGAUUUGAAAGGCAUGGCUGAAAGUAAUGCAGCUUUCAACAGAUCUAUACAUUUGAAUCGUAAUGUUCAGCUGGCAUCGGCUGCCAUCUAUAAAGAACUUUACCGUAAAGAUGACAAAGAAUCUGGGAAUUUUGUUGUACCUGCUACUUUCCAGGUUAUAAAUAUGCUUGGCUGGAAGCCACAUUCUUCACAGCCAAAGCCUAUGCAAAGAGGUACCGCUAACACAUCUCUAAAGGAUUUAUACAAAUUGGAUGAGAUCAUAAAAGAAGUGAAAACUGUCAAGGAUGAUGAUAAAAAAUAGUAUUACUAUUAUAAUCCAAAUAUAAAAUGUUGAUAA